UAUUUGUAAAUAAACAGAUGAUUACAUUGAUUAACAUGACUUAGAACAUUAAAGAAAUUAAUAAAUAGUUUAAAGUACGAAUAUUUUUAUAAAUCAGUAAAAGUAGUUUGCAGUAAUCACGUUGGGUCAUCGACGUUUUCGCUUGUCAGUCGGUCGCGUGUCGUGGCGUAAAUCAGUCAGGAUGAUCGCGGCAGUCGGCGUAGUCGCAGCGGUAUACGCUGUUUGGUUGUACUUUGGCCUCUUGCAAACCAUUGUGGUAUCAUUAAUACUUGCUGGUAUUUAUUUAAUAUUAUUCCACACGAGAUGGUGCUAUGUAGCAAUCAAAACGGCACCCAGAGACCUCAGAGCAUUAUGGUGUUACAUCAAGAUAUUGUGGAUUACAAGAUCGCUUUCAAGAAAAAAUUGGACUUUACCUGAUAUAUUUCACGAGACAGUCCAAAGGAAUCCUAACAAACCAUGUUUCUUAUUCCAAGAUGAAGUUUGGACUUUCAAGGAGGUCGAAGAUUAUAGUUUACGCGUGACUGCUGUUCUGAAGAAGCACGGUGUAAAGAAAGGUAGCAUCGUCGGUCUGCUUGUCAACAAUUCGCCUCAAAUGCCGGCACUGUGGCUGGGCAACGCUAGACUCGGCGGCGUUACGCCACUCAUAAACACUAACCAACGAGGCAACGCGCUAUUACAUUCUAUCAGUGUUGCUAAAUGCGAUGUCCUUAUAUUUUCCGAUGAAUAUCAAUCAGCAAUGCAAGAUAUAUCGAGUCAGUUGGAUCCUGAAUUGAAAUUAUUUAAAUUUUCUCAUCGACCCUUGAAUACGACCAAGGCAGAGAAAAACGCAAGCGGUGACGGAAUAGGUGAUUUGACUUCACUAUUAGAGAUCACCCCGCCGGCGCCCUGGACCCUGGCCGACGCUGAUGGGUUUCAGGGAAAGCUUUUGUAUAUUUACACAUCUGGUACAACCGGUCUUCCGAAAGCGGCUGUUAUUUCUAAUUCAAGAUUUGUGUUUAUGGCAUGUGGUCUUCACAAUAUGAGACUUAAUUCAUCUGAUAUUGUAUAUUGUCCGCUGCCACUCUACCAUACUGCUGGUGGUGUCGUUAGUGUGGGACAAGCAUUAGUAUUCGGAUGCACGGUGGUGCUAAAGUCCAAGUUCUCCGCUUCGCAAUAUUUCCCCGACUGUGCUAAAUACAAGGCGACGGCCGCGCAUUACAUCGGUGAGAUGUGUCGCUACGUGCUAGCGACGCCCCCCUCCCCCGCCGACAAGCUACACAACGUCCGCGUCAUAUAUGGCAACGGGCUAAGGCCACAGAUAUGGACCGAAUUCGUAACACGAUUCAACAUAAAGUACGUCACAGAAUUCUACGGCGCGACGGAGGGAAAUGCUAACAUCGCCAAUACUGACGGUACUCCUGGCGCGAUAGGUUUCUUGUCGCGAAUCUUCCCAAAAGUCUAUCCAAUCGCUAUCAUUAAAGUCGACGAAGAAACCGGAGAGCCCAUCAGGGAUGCAAGUGGACUUUGUCAGUUCGCUCAGGCGGACGAGCCGGGCGUGUUCGUGGGCAAGAUAUCGAACAAUAACCCGACGCGCGAGUACCUGGGAUACGUAGACAAGGCCGCCUCCGACAAGAAGGUGGUGAGGGACGUCUUCACGCACGGCGACGCCGCCUUCAUAUCCGGCGACAUCUUGGUAGCGGAUGAGUUGGGCUACUUGUAUUUCCGCGACCGAACUGGCGACACAUUCCGGUGGCGCGGAGAGAACGUCAGCACGAGUGAAGUGGAAGCUGCUAUUUCUACAGUAGCCGACCAUAGAGACGCUGUUGUUUAUGGUGUCAUGGUGCCGAACACGGAGGGCCGCGCCGGCAUGUGCGGGAUCGUGGACUGCGACGGCACGCUGGACCUGCAGCUCCUGGCGCGGGACCUGGCGCGAGACCUGCCGCCCUACGCGAGACCUGUCUUCCUGAGGGUCAUGGCCAGUAUGGACAUGACUGGUACGUUUAAAAUGAAGAAAACUGAUUUACAAAAAGAAGGCUUCAAUCCGAGUUUAGUGAAAGAUGAUAAACUUUAUUACUUGGACUUGAAACAGGGGAAGUACCUGCCGUUAGGAUCUGAAGAGUACGAGAAAAUAUUAAAAGGAACAAUUAGACUGUGAUGUGUCGAUCUGAAUAUCAUUUAUAACCUAGAAAAAUAUUUCGUUUAAUUUCAAAUUAAAUUUUACAAAUAUAUUGUUAAUAUGUUAGGCAUUGUAAAAUAUAUUGUUGAGUAGAUGAUGUAAAAAAAAAUUGAUUUAAAAUUCAGAAGUGAAACCUUUU